AUGCCUUUCACAUGGCGCUGGUCCUCGCUUCUGACAAUCGGUGUAAAGGCUCUAGAGUUAAACAUUGGUGUAGCAACAGUAGCCUGUGAUGGACAGGGCAUCUCUCUGAAUAGCGACGAUCUGAUCCACAAUUGGAACGGCAGCUUGGGAUCUGAAUCUGGACUAAUAACUCCACUCUACGGAGAUUCUGCGUUAACCGUCAACUGGCAGAGCGUAUGCGUUCAACCGCCUGCAGGGUCAUUCGAGGAUGCAAUUCAACACCUGACAGUUCGAGUCGAGCGCAUAGGAGAUGCCGUUAUCGACGGUAAAGUUGGCUUUACCGCUUCUUUCGAGCAGCUACAGAGACCGGAAAUCCUCCGACUCUAUAAUUCACCAUGGAAUUUGUCCGACGGCGUGUCAUUUGGCGAACAUUGGGACAGUGCGGAGAUGGCGGACCAACCUAGUGAACAACAUCCAGAUGAGUCGAUUGAACGGCACUGGGACCAUUUGCUACAGCUAAAGACAAGAUACCAACAGUUGGCGCUGCAAAUCCAAGACGAAGAGCACCAGAUCCGAGAGAUGCUACAGCAAGGUUGUCCUAGCACUCUGUCGAACUGGAAGAAUUGCAGGAGUUUCGGAUGCAGGUUCAGGAUAUCAUUGACCAAAUUUCCAGACCUGAUCCGUCAGAUCAGAUAUCGAUUCGGACCUUUUCCAUCGGCACUUCCUGCUAGCCAUUGCUCGCAGUGUCCACAGCAAGAUGGAUGCGACGGGGCUUCCAAGUCAAAGUCACCUCCAACACCAACCAAUCAGCCAAGCAAACCUCAAAAGGCGCCUCACGCUACAGCAACAUCAACUGUCCCUACUUCUGCAGCCUCGAACGCCAUUCCAACCGAAACCGAGUACUUCUAUAGCGCCCAGAACAUCUUCACCAUCUGUGUGAUAGUCGUGCUAGCAAGCACCGUGCUCGUCUUUGGGCUCAAGCUCUGUCGCAGCACCACGUAUUGCCGACGCCGUCGAGCAGACAGGGCCGCGCGCCGCGAGGAGAGACACGCUCGCUGGGCCUACGGAUUCGCAGCCCACAGACUCCGAUGGCGACAGUGGUGGGAGGGCUACUCCCAUCCCCACGCACCUGUACCCGCCCAAACACCACUAGAACUCACAUCCCCACCCGACUACAGCAACAACAAUAACAUGCCAGCCAUCGAACAACCGCCAGGUCCACCCCCGUUUUCUGACACCGAGUCCGAUCUUUCAUCCGAGCCGGGCGUCAUGCAAGCCGAAAUCCGCGGCCUCCGACAAGCGCUCGAGUAUGUCGGGCAGCUUGUGCGAGGUCCAGACCGCGAGCGGCGCUCUUCUUCUCAAAUCGACUCACACUCCAACUCAGACCAUGAGAUUGCGGAGCUUCUUGGAAGGACGAGGAGACAAGGCAGGCCUACCACUGCACACACAGCCGCGUCGUCGACAGCUGGUCUUUCGACGGUGCUUUCAACGGGCACGAGCAGUUUGUUGACUCUGGAUACGCCGUCGUCUGUGACGGUUGAUACGCUAGAGGUUUCGGAAACGACCGGCCCUCCUCCUAGCUACCAUGCAUGA